UCGCGUCGAAUCGUUAGUGUACAAAAUGGCGUCGUGACUGUGGCGUGGUUCUGGAUCGUGUGCAGUAAUCCGUUCCGUUUCGUGCGAUAAUUAUAUGCUAUAAAAUAAAUUGAAUUUACUCUGGUAUGAUAUUGGUUACUCUGUAGCGAUCGGGUGGUUAUUGAUUACACACUAAAGUAGUCCAACGACGAGUGAAAGUGAUAUUGAAAAGACCAGGCUCUAGCAAGAGGCGAUCAUCAACAGAAUUGGCGGGAAAAUCUUGACGCGCCAAGAGAGCAGAGUGAAUAAAGAAGACGUCAUAAGAAUACAAGAUGGUGUUGAAGGAAGCGUUGGAAGAACAUUUCUCUUUGUUCGGCGUCACGGUAACGGACCAGGCAGCUUUGGACAAAUGCCUCGAUCUCUGCGACAUUUACAAUCUAGAUGCAGAAGCUUUUGUGGAAACAUGGAUGGCGUACAGCGUCUCUCACUGCCAGGGCAAUAGUCCUACAAUAGAGUAUUUGUCAGAAUUGGAGAGAAAAGAAUUGAAAAAAGAAAACUCCAUGAUUUCAACUUCAUCCAUAAAAAAAGACAACAAUUUGCCCGAAAUAGCCGUCCUUAAUUCUCAGUCUCUAAAAAAUUCCAAUAGUACAGAUAGCGACGUCCUUGGACUCUAUGGAGGAAAAACACCGAAUACACCAAAUGCUAAGCGGUCGAGGAGCCCAGGGGACGCGGACAUUACUGAAAUCAAAAUACGAGCCAUUGACAGCCCAUUUGCACCAGACAGUUUCUCCCUAAAAACGACGACUCCCAGCCGCCAACUAUCUACUUCAGAGGGUGAUGAAAAAAUUCUUUUGAAAUAUGGUCCUGUAUUAAGCUCCUGGUGUAAUAGAGACAGGCAUAAAGUGAGCGUAAAAAAACUUGAACAGCAACCUCAUGUACCUACAAACAUUUUUUAUAUGUAUGAAACGCUCCCAGAGAAAGCCGAAGCUGUAGAUUUAGUCUGUGAAAAGAUGGGAGCCUGGAUGAGUGAUGCGAGAAAUCAUGCCGAUGAAGUCGAUUUGGAACUAGCUCCCUCAUUUGUUAGGUGCCAACACGAGAUACGGACUUUUGGUAGAAUAUGUUGUGAGUCUGAUGAGAACAAAGUCAACAUCGGGCCUAUUUUAUUGCAAGGAACGAGAGCGCUUUCAAAUGGUCGAAUGAUGAAACUGGAUCUAAGCGGAGUUGAGCAGUGUUCCAUAUUUCCAGGACAAAUUGUCUCCAUCAAGGGCUUUAAUCCAACAGGGGCUGCCGUUGUUGUCAAAACUUUGACUAACCGGUGCCUAGCGCCCCCUUCUCCGAUACCUGAGGUAUCCUCUGAUCAAAACCUUCAGAUUGUCGUAGCGGCAGGACCUUUCACGCACCCCGAUGAUCUGAAUUACCAGCCACUGAUGGACCUCAUCGAUUAUGUUGUGAAAAAUGAACCGCACGUACUGAUCCUGAUUGGACCAUUUGUCGAAUUUACUCACAAGGAGAUUCAAAAUUGCGAAAUUUCCGUCACAUUUGAUGAGUUCUUUGAACAGUGCAUCAGAAACAUUAUGAACAAGCUGGAAAGUACAUCUACCCAAGUGAUUUUGGUUGCCUCAAAUCGUGAUGUUCACCACCACUCAGUUUACCCCACACCAGAGUUUGAGUUGAGAGAGGAAUAUCCAAAUCUCCAUCUAAUGCCUGAUCCCUGCAUGAUCGAUAUCAAUGGAUUAAUAAUAGGUACAACCUCAGUCGAUUCAAUGAUGCACUUGGGACGGGAAGAGAUCAGUUUCAAACAUGCAAAGUUUGACAGACUGUCACGGCUAGCAUCACAUAUUCUGGCCCAGAAAUGUUUUUACCCAUUGUUCCCACCUGCGAAGGAUCUAAACUUGGAUACAGAUCUAUGGCAAAAUUAUGCAUUCUUUAAUCAACAGCCACACAUUUUAAUACUGCCAUCAAGUUUGCGAUAUUUUUGCAACAAGAUGUUCAACUGCUUGGCUAUGAAUCCGGAAAGACUGUCAAAGAGAUGUUUUGCAAGAAUAUGCGUCACGAUGACUCGUUCCAGUAAGGACGUUAAAGCGACGCUGAACAACAAAAUUACUGUACAGAUUCUAAAAAUUUAAGUCACAGGGUUGUUUUAUAAUAAUUAUAUUUAAAUCGUUGUUUUUAGUUAGUUGUACCAAUAGAUGAAUUCCAUCAGAAAACAUGCGUGUUGCCUGUUUAUGUACAAAAUUGCUAUAUUGUGAUCGCGUCGAAUACUACGUCUUAUUACUUACAAAAA